UUCAGUUGUUCUUGGAGAAAUCUUUCCUCUUUGGGUGUCUGUCUCAAUAGGAGCUCAAAACUAGUAGAAGAUGAAUGCCCCAAUUUUUGAUCCAUUGCAAGGAGAUUUUCCAGAGGUGAUAGAAGAGUAUUUGGAGCAUGGGGUUAUGAAAUGCAUUGCCUUUAGUCGCCGUGGAACCAUUCUCGCCGGUGAUGAAGUUGAUAUUGUGACAGUGGAGAAGGAUCCAUUCAGUGAUUCUGAUAUGUCUCAAGAGGAGUUACGCUUCUUGUCUGCUGUUCCUUGUCCUGAUGAUCCCCAACAGCAGGAAAAAUGCGUGGGAAGUUCAUCAAAGUUGAUUGAUAGUAAUCACGCCGGGUCCCCUCUCUCAGAAGAGAAUGGACAGAAUGGACAAGCAGCCCACAAUGCCUCAAGUCCACUCGAAGAGGACCCAGGGGGAGGCAAUCAGUCGAAAAGAAAACGGAAGCUUUCGGAGAAGGGGUUGAAGUUGCAGGCAGAGAAGGUGAGGAAGCCAAUGAAACUCUUGAAAUCUUCUGGUAGGUUAUCAAAAACAAAAAAUAAUUCUGUUGUUGAUCAGGAUUAUGGCAAUGGUUUAUAUGACGAUGAUGGAUCUGAUGAUUACUAGAUGAUCAUA